AUGGAUCUAUCGCCAUUGACAGUGUUUAAGCGACUUGGGGUUGCAAGUAUCUCCAAUACCGGCCUCGUAAUUGCCGUUCCGUCUCGAGCACCAACACUCGUUACCAACGCCCCGCCAAAUCUACGUGUUGCAGUAAAGGACUAUUUCCUCGUCCAUGGAAUUAAGACAUCACUUUGCAACCGAGCCUACUACGAUCUAAGCGAGCAUGCAGCUUUCACAGCUGAGGUGAUUCAGGCUCUCACUAAUGACGGCGCACACAUACGGGGAUUGACGAAGCUCAGCUCAGUGAUAGCCCCAGAAAAACCCGUGGAUGCCGUUGACUAUUCAACAGCAUCGAAUCCCAGAGGGAAUGGGUACCAGUCUCCUGCGGGAAGCGGUAGUGGAAGUGCUGCUGCUGUUGCGGCUUAUGGCUGGCUUGACUGUGCGAUCGGCACUGAUACGAGUGGAAGUGGUCGUCGACCAGCGUUGGCGAAUGGUGUUUGGCAAUUCAGGCCUUCUCAUGAUUCUAUCUCGUUGAGAGGUCUGGUUAAGACCUAUGACAUAUUUGAUACGUCCUGUGUAUUUGCGAGAAGCCUUGAUACCCUACGUCGAGUUGCGGACACUUGGAUUGCAGUUCCAUCUCUGGUCAAGAAGCAAGCAUAUCGUCUCGAUGGAUCAAAGACUUGA